UCAAAAUUUGUUUAUUCACUCCUCCUAAUUAAUUUAUUAAGUAGACCCAUUAACCCAAACGGUGCCGUUUAACCAUCUUCUUCUUCUUCUCCGGAUGCGGAGAUUGAUUGUGACGGCGAAGGGAUUUCUGAAGAAAGCUGCUUACCCUAGCUCUGGAGGAGGAGCUUCUGCUCGAGCUUAUUCUGGUUACCGAGAGAAACUGAGAACUGGGUUUCUUCACUCUAUCAGGUUCGAAGAUGCGCUUGAUUUGUUCUUGGAGAUGGUUCAGUCUCAACCCUUACCUUCCGUUGUUGAUUUCACUAGAUUACUUACUGCGAUUGCCAAUUUGAGAAGAUAUGAGACUGUUAUCUAUUUCUCCCAGCAGAUGGAACUCUUUGGCAUUUCACACGAUCUCUAUAGUUUCACCAUUUUGAUUCAUUGUUUCUGCCGAUGCUCUCGUCUCUCUCUUGCUCUGUCUAUUCUUGGGAAGAUGAUGAAACUUGGUUAUGAUCCCAGCAUUGUCACUUUUGGCUCUCUGCUCCAUGGAUUCUGUCUCCGCAAUAGAAUUCACGACGCCUUCUCUCUCGUUGCUUCAAUGGUGAAAUCGGGAUAUGAGCCUAAUGUUGUUGUCUACAACACUCUAAUUGAUUGCCUCUGCAAGAACGGUGAUGUGAAUAUUGCCUUGGAGCUUCUCAACGAGAUGGAGAAGAAAGGACGACUCGCAGCCGAUCUUGUUACCUACAACACUCUCUUGACAGGCCUUUGUUAUUCUGGUGAAUGGCGCCAAGCUGCUCGAAUACUGAGAGAUAUGACGAAGAGGAGAAUAAACCCUGAUGUUUUCACUUUCACCGCAUUGAUCGAUGCUUUUGUGAAACAAGGCAAUCUUGACGAGGCUCAAGAAUUGUACAAGCAGAUGCUCCAAAGCUCUAUCGGUCCUAAUACUGUCACUUACAAUUCACUUAUCAACGGGCUUUGCAUGCACGGUCGUUUAUAUCACGCCAAGAAAACAUUUGAUUUGAUGGCAAGCAAGGGUUGCUUCCCAAACGUGGUGACAUAUAACACGCUCAUAAAUGGAUUCUGUAAGUCUAGGAGGGUAGAAGACGGGAUGAAACUCUUCCAAAGGAUGUAUCGUGAAGGAUUGGUUGGCGACACAUUCACUUACAACACACUUAUCCACGGUUAUUGUCAGGUGGGUAAACUUAGAGUUGCCAAAGACAUCUUCAGCUGGAUGGUUUCUUGUGGCGUGACUCCUGAUAUCAUAACCCACUGCAUUCUGUUACAUGGUCUUUGUGUUAAUGGGGAGAUUGGAAGCGCAAUGGUGAAAUUCAAUGAUAUGAGAAGUGGUGAAAAGUAUCUUGGCAUUGUUGCAUAUAACAUUAUGAUUCACGGGUUGUGCAAGGCGGAUAAAGUGGAAGAAGCUUGGGAGUUAUUUUGUAGACUCCCUGUCGAAGGAGUGAAGCCAGAUGCUAGAACAUACACUAUAAUGAUACUAGGUUUAUGUAAGAAUGGGCCACGGCGUGAAGCGGAUGAGCUGUUUAGAAGAAUGAAAGAGGAUGGGAUCAUAUGCCAAGCAGAAGAUGGCCAUCUAGGAGAGCAUGGAACAAGUAAUAAGGAGAUAAUAAGCCUUCGCAGCUAAUGUUAUAUGAUCAGAGUCCAGUCAUGUGUUUCUUUGGGACUCUGAGCUAGGCUUCAUUGUUUUGUUGCAGUCAUAUGAGGGACUGUGUAGAUUGGUUUUGGUCAGGACAAAUUUGAAGUGUCUGGUACUGGUGACUGUACAUACUUGAACUGAUUUAGAGUUGUGGAUGCUUGUAUAAUAGUAUUAACUAAAUUCAUUAAUUUGAAAUCUAACUAAGCACUUUGUGUUGUAA